AUGAGUUUCUCUUUCCGCUGUCCACCCCAGUUUCACUUCCUGGUGUUGGGUAUAGUAGAGGUCUUUGCCGUGACGUUGGUGGUGGUGACUGUUGUCUAUGUCAAGCUGAAGGUGGACCUCAUUCUGUUUCUCAGAGAUGAUCUGGGUUGGCAUCAUCACAACACCGCUGAUGGGAAGCGUUACGAUGCCUAUGUGUUGUGUUAUAAGAGUGACUCAGAGUCAGGCGUCAGUGAGGAGGACAGGCGUCAGGUGGAGGAGGUGCUGGAGGAGGAGUAUGGCUACAGCCUGUGUCUCUACGACCGUGACGUGCUCCCUGGGGAGGCGGUGGCUGAGGCGGUGCUGGGGUGUAUAGAGCAGAGCCGGAGACUGAUCCUGGUGCCCAGCAGCCUGGGGCUGAACCCAGGGCAGGACAGCCAGUAUGGUCUGCUCACUGGGCUCCAUGCUGCACUGGUGGAACGGCAGACCUGGCUAGUCCUCAUCCAAACAGAGUCAGCCCCAGACAGCCAGGUGGAUCUGGAGCUGGACUCCCUCCCUGAGGCCCUGCGGCUGCUGGCCCAGUCAGGACACACCGUCACCUGGAGGGGCUCCCACUCCAAACCCCUCUCCUCACCCUUCUGGAAGGAGCUGCGCUACCGUAUGCCUGCCAGGACCAGACGGCGCCCCCCAAAGGAUGGUAGGACCAUUCUGUGAUUAUAUAGGCUCCAGGGCAGGGUUUGGGUUCAGUCAAUUCACAAAGUAAACUGACAUUCAAAAUGAAAUAAUAGCAUCUAUUGAAAUUGAAUCUCUGUAUUUUUAUUUUUUUAUUAUUUUUUUUUACUUCAAAUUGACCCCAACCCUGCUCCGGGGUCAAGUUUCCUCAAGGUACAGAGCUAGGAUCAGCUUCCCCUCCCCCAAUCCUCAACCAUUAGUGGGGACAAUGCUAAACUGACCCAAGGUCAGCAUCUAAGGCCAACUUCACCCUACUCCGAUUAUACUGUAUAUUAGGACAAGAUGGGGGAAUGUUAUACCAUAACAUUAUUAUGUAGAUCAUGUUAUUACAACAGAAUCCUCCAGACAGACUAUAGACCUGUUACCCUGAAAGAUGAGUGAAAUAAAUGCAUCUAACGUGAUUAAUGUGCAAUUAUUACCUACAUGAGUGAAAUCGUUUAUUUUUAUUUUUUAAAAGCAGCUUUUCUGUGUUGGAAUGGUGCUGCCGUACCCCAGAAACAGAAUGGUG